GGUGCGGACGCAGAGGCUGGCAGCCCUAAGGGGUCUGCAUGGGUAACACGAGGUCGAAAUCGUUGGCAUUUCUUCGCCCUUUACCGUCUGGUCGGGUCCCGGUGACGUCGGGUGGAAGCGAGGGAGAGACAGGGACACGGGCGGGUUGAGGUUUAGCGCGGCCUUUGUCCCACCCCUCGAGGCCCUCCUCCAGGCGCGCCCCGCUUCCAUCGCUUGCUCUUGGCUGGGCCACUCCCUCGCCGGCCCAAACAGUUGUUGACAACGGAAUCUGGAGUCUGGGAGUGAGUGGCGCUGAGUGCCAGGAAACGUGAUUCCCAGCGUUGGUGGACAGAGCCCCUUUUGCUGAACGACCCUUUCUACUGGGGAGUCUCUUGUGUCCAUCUUAGGCCCGUCGUGAAGCUCAGAUAUACAGUCUUCGCGGCAAGUGCGAGGAGCCCCUCCUAACCUCGGUUCCCUUUUUGGGCAUAGCGGGAGUUGGUGAUUGUUGAAUGAAUGAGCACACUAAUAUGCUGGUAAUGUUACCUUUUGGAUCUUGGAGCAUUCCCAGAGCCAGAUAGGAUUUAUGACAGAGAGGAGAUGCGUGUCUGGAGUGGGCUGUUGGAAGGAAACUGAAUACAGUUAAUUGAGAAUGUCUGAAAAUCUUGACAAGUCCAAUAUAAAUGAUGCAGAAAAAUCAAAAUCAGGUGAUUCUGAGCAAGGCCUUGAAGAUGCUGUAGAAGGUUCUGAUGAAGCUUUACAGAAAAAAAUAAAGUCGGGCUCUCCUAGCACCCAAAGACUGCAAAGACCUCACUCUAGUCCUCCUCGUUUUGUGACUGUAGAGGAACUUCUAGAGACAGCAAGAGGAGUCACUAACAUGGUUUUAGCCCAUGAAAUUGUAGUAAAUGGAGACUUCCGGAUUAAACCUGUUGAAUUACCAGAAGACAGUUUGGAGAAGAAAGUAAAGGAGAUUGUACAUAAAGCUUUUUGGGAUUCCUUGAGUGUCCAGCUAAGUGAUGACCCGCCAUCAUAUGACCAUGCCAUUAAACUUGUUGGGGAGAUCAAAGAGACUCUCUUAUCUUUCUUGCUGCCUGGCCACACUAGACUGAGAAACCAGAUUACAGAAGUCUUGGAUCUGGAUCUGAUAAAGCAGCAGGCAGAGAAUGGGGCCCUAGACAUUUCCAAGCUGGCAGAAUUCAUCAUUGGCAUGAUGGGGACACUGUGUGCACCUGCUCGAGAUGAGGAAGUGCAGAAACUAAAGGACAUUAAGGAAAUAGUGCCCCUUUUCAGGGCAAUUUUUUCUGUGCUGGACCUAAUGAAAGUGGAUAUGGCAAACUUCGCUGUCAGCAGCAUUAGGCCACAUCUCAUGCAGCAGUCAGUUGACUAUGAAAGGAAGAAGUUUCAAGAGCUGUUGGAGAAGCAGCCAAAUUCCCUGGACUUUGUCACCCAGUGGUUGGAAGAAGCUGCAGAUGACCUUAUGAAUCAGAAGUAUAAAAAUGCCCUGCCAGCUGGGGGAGGGGCCCCUGGCUCCGAUGACCGUCCUGUGCCAAAUCCCGUUGCUGUCCAGAAUUAUGCAUACCUGAAGCUGCUGAAAUGGGACCAUCUCCAGAGACCUUUCCCUGAGACAGUUUUGAUGGACCAGUCUCGCUUCCAAGAGCUCCAGCUCCAGCUGGAGCAACUGACCAUCCUGGGGACCAUAUUGCUGGUCACGUUCAGCAUGGCAGCCUCAGGAAUUUCCAGCCAGGCCAACUUUGCUGAAAAACUCAAGAUGAUUGUGAAGAUUCUGCUAACAGAUAUGCAUCUGCCCUCCUUCCAUCUGAAGGAUGCCCUGACUACCAUUGGGGAGAAAGUCUGCCUGGAGGUGAGCAGCUGCUUUUCCCAGUGUGGAUUCACCCCCUUUACCACGGACAAGGAGACCGUGCUCAAGGGCCAGAUCCAGGCUGUGGCCAGUCCUGACGACCCCAUCCGCAGGAUCAUGGAUUCCCGAAUCCUGACCUUCUUAGAAACCUACCUUGCCUCAGGUCAUCAGAAGCCAUUGCCCACAGUACCUGGGGGAUUGGGUCCGGUCCAAACAGAACUGGAGGAAGUUGCUGUGAAAUUCAUGCGCCUGGUCAACUAUAACAAGAUGGUCUUCAGUCCCUACUAUGAUGCAAUCCUCAGUAAGAUCCUUGUCAGAUCCUAACACAUAUGCUCCCUACAGCAGCAGUAUUAUCUACUCAACUCAGAAUACCUGUUCUCAACUAUAACGUUGCUUUGGAAAAUGGCUACAUGUAGUACAUUCGUAUUUAAUAGCAUUGAUUCCAAAAGGAAGAAUAUUGUGUAUCACUGUUGAAAAGACUUGUUGAAAAAUGCACUGAAUUCUAUUUUGAGGGUUUGUAUUUAUGAGUGAAAGUUUACAAAUCAAAGAAGCUUUUUCUUAUCUUGAGUUUUUAAAUGGUUGCCUGCCAUGUUUAUCUUCCCCACCCCUACCCCAACCCUACCCCAUCAUGAUUGUGGCUGCCUCUCCCAGGAGGCUGGGACCUCUUGUCUGCCAUCUGGGUAGUUUUCUUUCAGACAUCCAAGAGUAUCUGACAGUCACCCGUCACCCAGGAGUGAAAGAAACUCAGCCAUGACCAUGUUUAGACGCUUGCCUCUCUCUUGCAUAGCCUCCCACCUGUCCUUUGUCUCUCCAGGUAUUUUGUGUUAGAAGGGCUUACACAGUCCUACUGCCUUCCCCCUGCUUGACCUAGCCAGAGCUCCAGAGCCCUUUUGUUCUAGAGCAGAGUUACUUGAUUUUUUAAAAGCUUAUUCUUUUACGCAAAAUUACCCCUGAGCCUGGAUGAUGACUUCUGGGAUCUAGAGAAAGAAAAUUAUUUGACUUUUGAGCCUUGAAAGUUAAGGAGGAAAUAUUUAUAUUUUAAAAUAUAUGUUUGUAUACUAUAAAAGGAGAUAACUGUCAGGAGUUUUUCCUGAAAAAUUCACUCUGACACAAUAUACAGAUGUAUUGAUUGGAUUAGAAUUCCAGAAUUAGAUUGAAGUGGUUUCAGAUAAAAUAGUGUAAGCUGACAUAUUUCUUUGGUAAGGAAGUCAUAGAAAAAUCCCUGGGUUUUGCGCAGUAUUUUUCAAGGAACUUCAGUGACCAGAAUUCCUGACAUAGCCUAUGACUGAAAGGGGAGUGUGGGAUUCACAGGUGAGCUGUUCUAUUAAAAAGAUUAAAUGUGUGCAUGUGCAUGCGUGUAUUUCAGACAGUGGCAUUAUGUUAGGAGCAGAGCCAUGCAGUUGUUGGCAGUGGUCUCCAGCUAAUAAUGCAAGGAGUCCUUCUAUUAAAGGUGGUGAGGGGUGUAGGUGGGAUGAGGGCCAGAGUCAGGGCAGCCAGGGCACGUUUAUCCUGUAGACCGUGUAGUGAUACCAGGCUUCGGAGGAGUGAGUGGCUGUACUGGGGGAUGUGAUUUCUCCAGACACCUGCCACGUGCUUUUUCCUUGCCCUACGAAUAUAUGCUGCAUUAUGUGGGCAGAUGUCAUAUCAUUGAAGUUUAAGA